CCGCCUACGGCCUACCCGCGUCCCUUUCCGAUUCCACCCCGCGGCACCGGCAACGGCCUACCCUACGCUGCGUCGCCGCCACCUGAUUUUCUCGUCCGGUCGUGCUGCACUGCAUCACACCGAUUCCCACGUGAUUGCGGCGCGGCCGCGCGAGGAGUGCUCGUAGCCCUCCCCCCCGCCCGCCCGCCCAGAUUCGGUCGCCCAUGGCGAGGGACCCAGCCCGCACCGUCUUCAUAGGUAACUUGGACGAAAAGGUAUCUGAGAGAAUCUUGUAUGAGAUUCUUAUUCAGGCAGGCCAUGUAGUAGACCUGCAUGUACCCAGUGACAAGGAGAGUAACAGUCUCAAAGGUUACGCUUUUGUUGAGUAUGAAACCGAGGAAAUCGCACAAUACGCUGUUAAGCUUUUCUCAGGACUUGUUCGGAUCAGUGGUAAAACGCUUAAGUUCAUGAUUGCUGGUUAUGACAAACCGUCUUCAAAUGUCAAUACCUCAGUAAUGCUCAAUCCUGUACCCUCUUCAAAUGGCAAUAAUCCACAUAUCAGGUGGUAAACGGGAGGAUUGGAGGUUAUGUCUUUUCUCUCACUCCUUAUCCAUAUGGUUUUCAAGCUUUAUCAGGUGGACAAGUACACGGCCAUGGCCAGGUAAGCAACCGUACCUAUGAUUACAAUAGGCAGGAAUUUGGUUCUGUUCUGAGCAUUGUCCAUGGAGGUCCUGUUAUGAAUUUCCUUUGCCCAUGGAGUUGCGAAUUGAACCAGUCGAUCAUGUACCCUUCCUAGGUGCAGAAGAAUGUAGUAUGUUUACAGUAGGCAGGUUCCAGCUCCACAUAGGUUCUUGACAUGGUCACGUCUAGAUUUUGGUAAUAGUCAUGCCCAAACAUGUAAAUAUGGUUGUCAUAUCCUCUAGAUCUUCAGAAGAACGCUGCACUAUCCUUGGAAGGCAAAAAUCCUGUCCUGUUGUGUUCUCCAUUGUCCCAACUCUGAAGCCAGCAGAUGUUACUAAUAAAAAGAGAGUGAAGAACUCUACCAUGUUCGUGCCAGCCACACUAGUGAAUCUAACUCGUUCGGGUUGGAUUGCAGUUGCAGGAACAACAGAGAGUUCCUGAAUGUAGGCAGGCAUGGCCAAUUAGUUUUGAUGUUGACAUUGCAGACCGAAAGCCUACUAGAUGACAAGGAAACUCAGUUGCAGUCUGGCACUUAAUAUGUUAAUUCGUACACUAGUGAUGCAAUGGUUCUGUGUGUCAUCUUUCACUGCUAGCAUGAUCUUGGUUGCCAUUUGGCCUUUAUUUUUUUAGUUAGGUGAGAUUGCCCGGUGCCUGAAUACAUAGCCUGUUUUUAUGUUUGACGAGUCUGAUGGUUUCUUUUAGUAGCGCAGUUCCACCUUUCAUCAUAUGCGUAACAUUUGUAAGUCGUACGUACCUUUCAUCUUAUGAGUAAGUGUCAAGGUCAUUGUCCGAACUACCACCAAUUAAGCUUGUGCUAAGUGAUGACAAGCAACCUGUCUUCUCGCCCUAUUGCUUCACUAACAUAGUAUUCCACCAGCAUCCUCGCAAGAGGGGAAAAAACGAGACGGUUUAGAGGACGUGUAUCGCACCAAGGAACUUGCUCGUAACUCACGACCCGACCAAAAUUGUUUUAUUCUGGAACGAGAACUGUCUACAGCAGAACUACACUCUAUCAUUGUCGUGUGCACCUUGGAGGCUUCUCCAAGGUCAGAACCACACUUGAAGCCAUGAAUCAGAAUGGCAUUCCUCUCAACUAAGUUUACUUGUGAUGCACCCUAGCUCCUCUACUGACCCAGCACCUAGGGCUUCUUUCCUUCUCUCUUUGUGUAUUCUUUGGCAAACAGAGCACAUAUCAUCUAUAUCGUUCUGUCCUGUACUUCCUUCCGCAGCCUUUGCACAUCGGACAUACUUGAAGGCUUGAAGCUGUCGUCCUUACAGUCUCAUCGACCGAUGCCACAGCGACACAUGCACGAACAAGAGCACCUGCCCGACUGAGCGUGCACGACCUCGCGCCGAUCAGGGCCAAGAACUCACCCCCGUCGUGUGUGCCGAUGGAGGUGGAGGCCGACGGGAUCCAGGAAGCCACCGCAGGCGCAGGAGACGGCGGCGGCGUGGACGAUGUCUUCUUCUGCGUCGCCGCGACGUCCAGGGGCAACAAGAACAGCAUCUCCUACUUCCACACCAACGCGGUCGGCGAGGACGCCGAGUCGGCGCUCGCGCUCGCCGCGCUCUGCCUCGACCACGCCCCCGACCACCACCGGUGGCACCACCACACCGUCGCCGGGGCGAAGACGUUCGCGUUCCUCUCGGCCGACGACGGCCGCACGUACUUCGCCGCGGCCGACCCGAGCCCCGGCGCCGCCGAGGUGGUCCGGUUCCUGGAGCGCGUCCGCGACGCGUGCGACGCCGCGCCCAGGAAGCGCCUGCGCGACGAGGCGGUGGCCCCCGUCGCUCGCCAGUUCGCCAGGACGCUGCGGGCGGCGGCGGCGGGCCCGAGCUCAGGCGCGGAGCUACCGGAGGCCUCGCUGCAGGCGAAGGAGCCGUCCACGCCGCUGGCGCCGGUCUGCGAGAAAGACGAGGAGGAGCGCCAGAGGGCCGGAGAGCGACGUCGCGCCUUCUUGCAGCCGGAGGAAAGCGCAAGCGCGCUUCCGGGGUGGCGCCCGUGGUGGCGCCACGCGUCGGUCGUGAUCGUCGUGGAUGUGGUGCUGUGCCUCGUGCUGUUCGCCGUGUGGAUGGGGGUUUGCAAAGGCUUCGGGUGUCUGACGCGAUGAAAAUCGCCCGAGAGCAUGCAAUUGUAAAUUUGUAAUCACAUCCAUGCUGUGUGCAUGGUUCGCGUUCUUUAUGUUAAUUUGCUUGUCAGAUAUCACAUCUACAAUUUGAAGGAAAAAAACGGUUUAAGAAACGAAGACGCAUGCCUUCAAUGCACACAUUC